CUUAGCUUAGCUCUGGUUAACCCUAAACCACACAUCAUCCGCCUUCACCGUAUCCCCUGGCCGCCUUGUGAUUUCGACGGACGGUUCCGUCGAGGUGUUCCCUUGAUUGAUUGCCAUCGUGAUCGGCUCCAACGAUCCCUCUCCUCGUCUCCUCUCUUCCUACCUUCACGUCCCCUUUUAAACCCGCUAUUCCGUUUCGCUCGCCGCACCGACCGCGAGAGAGAGAGAGAGAGAGAGAGAGGGGAGGAGGUGAAUCCUGAAACAAAUGGGGAACGCCUCUUCCAUGCUCACCCAGUACGACAUCGAGGAAGUCCAAGAGCACUGCCACUACCUCUUCUCGCAGCAGGAGAUCGUUGCCCUAUACAAUCGCUUCUGCCAGCUUGAUCGCAGCGCCAAGGGCUUCAUCUCCUCUGAUGAGUUCCUCUCUAUCCCCGAGUUCUCCCUCAACCCACUCUCUCAAAGGCUGCUCAAGAUGGUCGAUGGGUUGAACUUCAAGGUGUUCGUCGCCUUCCUGUCGGCCUUCAGCCCGCUAGCCACCGUCCCGCAGAAGAUCGAAUUGAUCUUUAAGGUGUAUGACGUUGAUGGUAAGGGGAGAGUUACAUUCAAGGACUUGAUGGAGGUGCUUGGUGACUUGACGGGGUCGUUCAUGUCCGAGGAGCAGAGAGAGAUAGUCUUAAGCCAGGUUUUGAAGGAAGCUGGUUACUCAAGAGACUCGCCACUUUUGUUGGAAGACUUUAUGAAGGUUCUUUGUAAACCUGGUAUGACAAUGGAGGUUGAGGUACCUGUUGAUUAAGUCAUUGUAUAGCAACGUUUCAGUGGAUUGGCUCGUCAUACUUAUAAAACAUUACAAUAAAAAAGCAAUUACUUCUUUAUGUUCCUGGACAUGCAAUAUCAAAUGUAUUAGAAAAUAAGAUAAAGCAGUAAAUUGUUGAACUAUUUUGUUAUCUUUGUAGUUGGGUUUUUCCCACAGUUGUAGAGCAGGACUUUGCCCAGACCAGCCUAUAAUAACACAAGUGAUAUAAUUUGUUUC